GCGCGAGUGCGGUGGUUCAAGGCGGAGGUGCUUCGGGACCGCGCGGAGCACGCCGGGCGCGGGGCGAUGGUGGAAUCGUGGGGACUCGCCCCCGAGCAUCACAUUCAGAUCAACCGCGGGCGAGUGUUUGACGACGCGCUCGCGGCGCUGGGCCCGGCGGUGCUCAGCGGCGAUCAGGCGACGUGGCGACGCGAGCACCCCGACGAGCGCCCGCCGGGUAGUCUCAAGGGGAUCGUGCGCGUUCAGUUCACGAACGAGCACGGCGUGGAAGAAGCCGGCGUGGACGGCGGCGGGUUGUUCAAGGAUUUUCUCAACGACCUCAUCGCCGAGGCGUUUGAUCCGGUCAAGACGGGCCUGUUCGCCGAGACUCCGGACAGGACCCUGUACCCCAACCCGGCGUCGGUGCGAAGGUGCGGGCCCGAUCACCUGCGAAAGCUGGAGUUCCUCGGCGCGAUGUUGGGAAAAGCCGUGUACGAGGGCAUCCUCGUCGAUUUGCCCCUCGCGGGUUUCUUCCUCGCCAAGCUUCGCGACGGGCGACCGCCCGAGCUCAACGACCUCGCCACGCUGGACCCGGAGUUGUACCACCACCUCCUAUCGCUCAAGCGCCUACCGCCUCACCAGGUGGAGGACCUGUUCCUGCACUUCACGGCGACGGACGCGUCCACCGCCGGCGACGUGGAGCUCGCGCCCGGCGGAUCCGACGUCAGGGUCACCGCUUUCAACAGAACGCGAUACGUGCACCUGAUGGCGCACCACCUGCUCCACCGGCAGGUUCGUUCGCAAUCGGACGCGUUCGUGCGCGGUUUCCGUUCACUCGUCGCGCCGCGGUGGCUGAGGGUGUUCGCCCCCGCGGAGCUGAGGCUCCUGAUCGCCGGCGCCGGCGGUAGGAUCGACGUGGGCGACUUGGCUCGAUCGGCGACGUACAGCGGCGGGUACGCGCCCGACCACCCGACGGUGGUGGCGCUGUGGCAGGCUGUGAACGAGUUCACGGAGGAGGAGCAACGGGAGUUGCUGCGGUUCGUGACGGCGUGUCCCAACACGCCGCUCCUGGGUUUCGGCCAGCUCACGCCGCCGUUCUGCGUGCACCGAGCGGGCAUGACGGGCGGGAGCCGCGGGUCCGAGGCUGACGCGGACACCGCUCGGCUGCCGACGGCGGCGACGUGCAUGAACCUGCUCAAGCUGCCGCCGUACAGGACGAAGGAGCAGGUGCGGAAGAAGCUGCUGUACGCGAUAAAGUCAGGGUCGGGGUUCGACCUGUCGUGAAACCGAGUCUCGUCUUAGCCGUAGAAGGUCGAGUCGGCUGAACCUCUC